AUUGCCCUGAAGAGCAGCUGGAGAGCAGUGCUGCAGCCCUGUCUGUGCCAAGCAGAGGACGGCCAGCCGCGCCACUGGCUUCAGCCUAGAGCCACCCCCGAGGCCCGGAGGUACACUGGCACUUGAACCUGAUUUUCCAGAGGCAGCAUGGACAUCAAGGAGUAUUUUGCCAGAAUUUCUUACCAUGGCUCCCACAAUAAGCCAGACCUGGCUACCAUGUCAGAUAUAUUCCUGCACCACAUCCAAGCUGUUCCUUUUGAAAACCUCAGCAUGCACUGUGGAGAAAGCAUCGAGCUGAACCUGGAAGCGACCUACAACAAGAUAGUGAGGAAGAAACGAGGGGGCUGGUGCAUGGAAAACAACAACCUUCUGUCUUGGGUCCUGAAAACUCUUGGCUACGACGUCACCCUGCUGGGAGCAAAAGUUUAUGUCCCAGAGCUGGACGCCUAUCCAGAAGAAAUCGAUCAUCUGCUGCUACAAGUGCAGCUGGAUGGCAAAUCCUACAUUGUGGAUGGGGGGUUUGGGAUGGCCUACCAGCUGUGGCAGCCAAUGGAGCUGAUUUCAGGGAUGGAUCAGCCUCAGACUCCCGGGGUCUUUCGUUUUCAGGAGGAGAGUGGGACCUGGUACCUGGAGAAGGUGAAAAGGAAGCAGUGUGUUCUCAACCCGAGCACCUCGGCUUCCCAAAACGUGGAAAACGAAGUUUGCCGUCGGGUUUAUCUCUUCACCCUCCAGCCACGAGACAUUGAGGAGUUCAGGGGCUGCAAUGCCCACCUGCAGACAGCACCUGACUCGCUCUUUGUGACCAAGUCCAUCUGCAGCCUGCAGACCGCCGAUGGCAUCCGGGCACUGGUGGGGUGGAAACUCACGGAGAUAAAAUACAAUUACAGGGACAACAUGGAUCUGGUGGAAAUCAGAAUCCUUGCAGAUGAAGAAAUAGAGAAAAUGCUGAAGGAGAAAUUCAAUAUAACGCUAGACAAGAAAUUUGUACCUGCCAGUACGGGCAGGUUUUCUCUGUUCUAACUCAUUGUCUGAAUUACAAUUCAAUUCAGUGGCAUUACAGGCAAUUCUUGCCUCUCCUUCUGACAAGCAUCCAAAGGUUAAUCUUUCUCCUUCCAUCUACACCAGUGUAAGACAGAACAGACUAGCAUGAAUCUGGAAAAUAAAUGGAUUUUCAAAACUA